UGUGUGUGUGUGUGUGUGUGUGCGCGCGUGCAUGCAUGCAUGCGCGUGCGUAAGAGAGAGAGACGGAUGAUCUCACACUACACACAUCGCCACCUUAUGAGGUGAACACUUGUGUAGUCUACACUCUGUAGUGCUGUAAACACCAGUGGAUACAUAACACACACACAUAUACACACAUAUAUAUAUAUAUACACACACACACACAAACACAAACGUAUAUAAGAGAAAAAGAUGCUUCGUUUAGUUUUGGCAGCUGCCGUUCGGAACAAACCCGGAUAACACGAGGAGAACCAAACAGCAGCAACCGCAGGCUCACAGGACGGCGCACGACGCUCCAGGAAGCCGAGCGCACACGAGAACGAGAGCACAGACGGAUCAGGACUCGCAGCUCGACACCAAUGGAGCCUCCGCACAAGAGGAAGACGCAGAAGAGGAAGUGGCAGGUAUUCCCUGGGAGGAAUAAAUUCUACUGCGAUGGCAGGAUUAUGAUGGCAAGACAGACCGGGGUUUUCUACCUGACGCUCGUUCUCAUCCUUGUCACGAGCGGACUCUUUUUUGGGUUCGACUGUCCGUUUUUGGCGGCCACGCUGAGUCCAGCGAUCCCUGUGGUGGGUGGCGUGCUGUUCUUCUUUGUGCUGGGGACUUUACUCAGGACGAGCUUCAGCGACCCCGGCGUCCUGCCCCGAGCCACCGCGGACGAGGCUGCAGAUUUGGAGAGACAGAUAGAUCUCGCUAACGGUUCCAGUACUACAGGAUACCGGCCUCCUCCACGGACCAAAGAGAUCGCCAUUAACGGACAGACGGUGAAGCUAAAGUACUGUUUUACGUGUAAGAUCUUCAGACCACCGCGUGCAUCGCACUGCAGCCUUUGUGACAACUGUGUGGAGCGGUUCGAUCAUCACUGCCCCUGGGUAGGGAACUGCGUUGGAAAGAGGAACUACCGCUUCUUCUACAUGUUCAUCCUGUCUUUGUCCUUCCUCACAAUCUUCAUCUUCGCCUUCGUCAUCACGCAUAUAAUCAUGAAAUCCCACAGUAACGGCUUCCUCAGCGCACUCAAAGACAGUCCUGCCAGUGUGCUGGAGGUUGUCGUGUGUUUUUUCUCCGUGUGGUCAAUAGUGGGACUCUCCGGCUUCCACACCUACCUGAUUGGAUCCAAUCAGACCACCAAUGAAGAUAUUAAGGGAUCGUGGUCAUCCAAAAGAGGGAAAGAUAACUACAACCCUUAUAGCUAUGGAAAUAUCUUCACAAACUGUUGUGCAGCCCUCUGUGGGCCUCUUCCACCCAGUCUCAUCGACAGAAGAGGUUUGGUCCUGCCUGAGACGCUACAGCCUGCACCACCCACUAACGGUAUCACAAUGUACGGUGCCACUCAGUCCCACACCCGCAUGUGUGACCAAGACCAGUGCAUUCAGAGCACCAAAUUCAUUUUGCAGGCCGCCGCUACGCCGUUGCUGCAGAGCGAGACCCCAGUCAUGGCUGAUGAGUCAUCGGUGCCUGGAAAGCCAGUUCCAGGUGCUCCGUGCCCGAUGCUUCCUCUUGGCCAGCCCACACCACCCGCCUCCACCCCGAGUCUGAGCUGUGACGGUGAGAGUCUGAGCCCUCCAGCUUCCGAGCCGCAGCACCACUUCCUCACACCUGACGAAGCUCCUUCGCCCCCAGGCAUGCUUCCUUGCACAAGCCCACUGGAUCACAGCCACACGGCGAACUUCUACAACCCCGCCAGUCAGGACUCUUUACACGAGGACUCGGUCAGAGGUCUGAUCAAACUCAGCUCUGUUUAAACCUACUGAUGCAUGGUCAUCAUGUGCGUCGCUCCACACGCUGCCCUUUAAUCUGUGCCAAGAGCCUCUAGCUCCUCAUCGUAACACUCAGUACACUCUGAGUGAUCUGAGUCACUCAGUGUGGACCGGAACACGUUUAAACCCAAUCUGCCACACUCCCAAGCCACAAAAUGAGCAGCCAAAUCUGUCUUCGCUCUUCUGACGGUCAGGAUGCAGAAGCUGCUGCUAUGAAGGCUGGGUGACUUCGAAAACAAAGGGCUGUAACUAACUCCGUGCAUCGAACCAUUUAAGAAGAGGACGUUCCACUUGAAAAGCCGAUUCGUGUUUCACUCGCUGGGAUUCACUUCGUUUUGUUUUUUGUUUUUUUUUUUUGGGCUGUUUUCCUUUACGACAACUGGGAACGGACAGUUUUCGCCUUCCUGUCUUUUGAGAUCGUUGCACAGUUGAUCAUGUGAGCUGUUGUCAUGAUGUUGCAGAUGCAUGAACUUUCUCUCUUUUUGUUUUAUUUCUAUUUUUUUUACCUAUUAUGGACGUAUACGAUCUAGUGUUGUGGCACAAACAGAAAUGUUUUCCUCUCUCAACAAAUUCGUGUCAAUCACAUGGAUAUUACCGCAGUCUCGGAGUUGUAACGGGAUUCCGUAAAAGCCGUCCCUGUACCUUUAAAGACUAGAUGUUGUUCCCCGGUCUACAUAAACACAGUGUUAUCUUGUGAUGAUUGCCUGUGGUGGAUGUCUUACCAACACGACCUAUGAUACUGUGUCAUGAAAAAAGAAUACGCUGCCCAAUAAAAUCUGAUUCGUUACAAGCAUCA